AUGGAGAUUGAUGGCAGCAGAAACAGACGGUUGUGGGUUCCCGCCCGUUUCAGUAAAGAAAUGGAGGACAUUGAGAACAUCUUUCAAAGACAAGUGAUAAAAGCCAAAAACAAGGCCAGAGUAGAGAAACCUCCCACCAGGCUACAAAGGCAAGCACCGGCUACUCUUCACCUUGAUCAUGUCACCACCACCAUUAACUCUUUCUUAGCCCCUACGGCGAUCCCCCUCCUAUCGCCGCUCGUUGUAUCCCCACCGCCAUUGCCAGAGCAAGAAGAAUUCAUAUUCCCUGCGAAUGGUGAUAGUGGAAAAACCACCCAUGAAAACGUGGGUGCUCCGUUAACGAUGGGGGGUGGGUGGCAACAUCCGGCUGUCGCUGGAUACAUGGAGCCUUCAGCCAUUUUUGCUUUCUUCCAGUCACAAUGUGUGCUCGUGGAUCAAGCAAGAUGA